GAAAACACGUGUGACACAGUUUGUAAACAAACAAUGUGAUUCAAUGUCAAAAACUGUUUAAAACAUCGAGAAAGGGGUAAAGAUAAGGAUGAGGGUUGUGGCUCUUGUUAGCGGUGGGAAAGACAGCUGCUACAACAUGAUGCAGUGUGUUAUCGAGGGACACCAAAUAGUUACCCUUGCUAACCUAAGACCAGAAAUGAAAGAUGAACUUGAUAGCUACAUGUUUCAAACAGUUGGACACCAUGGUAUAGACUUGUAUGCAGAAGCUAUGGGUCUCCCCUUAUACAGACAUACUAUCCAAGGUUCAUCAAAGUCAAUAGACAAAGAUUACACAAUUACAGAAAACGAUGAAGUUGAAGAUUUAUUCCAGCUGCUUAAAAAAGUGAAGGAGGAGUGUGAUGUUGAUGCAGUAUCUGUGGGAGCUAUUUUGUCAGAUUAUCAGCGAGUGAGGGUAGAACACGUGUGUCAGAGACUUGGACUUACCUCCCUGGCCUACCUGUGGAGAAGAGACCAAGAGGAACUACUCAAGGAAAUGAUUGACUCACAGCUGACAGCAGUUCUAAUCAAAGUUGCCUCCCUUGGUUUAGAACCUAAACACCUAGGAAGAACUCUAUCAGAAAUGCACCCUUAUUUACAGAAAAUGAAAGACAAGUACCAGCUGAAUGUGUGUGGAGAGGGAGGGGAAUACGAGACCUUUACUCUGGACUGCCCUCUAUUCAGGAAAAGAAUUGUGUUAGAUGAAGUUGAGUCUAUCAUCCACUCUGAUGAUGCUUUUGCCCCUGUAGCCUACCUGAAUAUUAAAAGAGCUCAUCUAGAAGAUAAGAAGGUGGAUGAUCAGAAUACCAGUAUGUUAGACAGAAUUAAAAAUCUUCCAAUGUUACAAAGCUCCCAGCUUCAUUCCUCCCUCCAGCUGGAGGAUAGGAUCACUGAAGAUCCAGAGCCAGCCUGUGUCAGAGAUGGUAACCCCCACCCCCUAGCAGAUGAAGAGGACUGGUGCUCAGUAUUUUGUGAUGGAGACCAUGUGUGGAUAACUGGACUCUAUGGAUUUCAUACAGAAUCUGGCAACCUGGCAGAAAUCACCACCCAAACUAUGAACAAACUCAAAGAGGCCUUGGAAAACCUGCCAGCUGGUCCAUGUGACAUGAGUUGUAUUGCCAUGGUGUGUCUCUAUGUACAGGAUAUGUCCAUGUUUUCUGCAGUUAAUUCUGUCUACAGGACUUACUUUGGCAUUAACCCUCCUGCAAGAAUAUGUGUGGAAGCAGCAUUGCCCCCUAAUGUUGCUCUUCAGAUUGACUGCUACUGCAACAAGUCUCUCCCAGACAGACAGACAAUGCAUGUCCAGGGACUCUCCCACUGGGCCCCUGCAAACAUAGGCCCUUACAGCCAGUGUGUUCAGGUCAAGAAUAAACUGUAUGUAGCUGGACAGAUAGCCAUGUGUCCUGCAAACCUUUCCAUCAUUAGGGGAGGAAUAGUUCCACAAGCUCGACUUUCCCUUCGCCAUGUUAAGAGGAUAUUAGAGGCAAUGCGUUGUGGGAUGGAUAAAAUAACUACAGUUGUUUGUUAUGUGACUAACAACAGCUAUGUACAGACAGCUCAAAGGGAAUUAGAAGCAUCUAGAGCAUCGAAAGAGACAGAGGAAGAGUUUGGAGUGGAGAAAAUAAGUAGCAUGCCCCCUGUAACCAUGUAUGUAAUUGUUCCAAGUUUACCCAAAGCUGCUCUGAUAGAAUGGCAGGUCAUGGCUAGGAAUGAUCUCUGUGAUAUAAAUGUUAAAGAGUGGACACAUAAUUCUCAAAUGGGCUUGUUCAGAUGUUCUCAUAGAUUUCUUUAUACAGAUGUAGAAGUCAUUUCUUGUGCAAUAUCAAUUGUUGGAAGCAUAGAAUCAGUGGGAGAUUCAUUAACAAAGGAAGUGUGUGAGUGUUUAGCUAAGCUCCUGUGCCAGGCCUCUGAAUCGCUGCCCAACACUGUAACAUCAAGGUUCCCUCUGAGGAUCUUCUUCUGUCCUAGUCAACUCAAUACCAAUGAGCUUCAUCAAACUAUCAACCAUGACCUUGACCUUUCAUUGUCAAAGUCAAAGAUCCCAGUUGUGUUGGUUCCGGUUUUACAGCUUUCGUCACCUGACCUAAUACUUGCAGCAUGUUCAUGACAGAGAGCUAACAAUUUAACUUGUAUUGAUACUUAGCAAUAAAUUAUUCACUUUU